CCUUCUUCAUCUUCCCCACAAAAGCAAACCGUGAAGAAGAAGAAAGAAGAAGAAGAACAAACGCCGUGACUCUCCUACUUUAACUGCUUCUUAUCAUCCAUUAAAAGCUCUCACGAUCAAUCGGCACCGAGUUGUAGUUCAAUCGAUCACGGAAAAGUAGAUUAAAUCACUCUGUAUAAAUUCCUGUUUCUCCGUUUCAUGAUUGCGGUGUUAUAGAGGAUCAAAAUGUUGAUAUCUCAUGAGAUUUGCUGGAUCCUACUUCUUCUUCUUCUUCAAUGUGGUUCACUUGCGGUUGCAAUUCUUAAUCCGAUUGAUUUCUUAGCAUUGCAAUCCGUCAGGAAGGCGCUCGAUGACAUGCCUGGUUCGAACUACUUAUCGUCGUGGGAUUUCACGUCGGAUCCUUGCAACUUCGCCGGCCUUUACUGCGACGGCGAUAAGGUGGUGACGUUGAAUCUCGGAGAUCCUAGAGCCGGUUCUCCAGGUCUCAUCGGUCGAAUAGAUCCCGCUAUCGGAGACCUAUCGGGACUCGCGGAGCUUACGAUCGUCCCUGGUCGAAUCAUUGGUGAGCUUCCGUCUUCAAUGUCGAAGCUAACGAAUCUCCGAUUCCUCGGUAUUAGCAGAAACUUCAUCUCAGGUCAGAUUCCGGAAUCUCUCGGCCAACUAAAAGAACUGCGAACUCUUGAUCUCAGUUACAACCAGUUAACCGGAAAAAUUCCGGCUACGAUCGGAGCCUUGCCGGCGUUAUCAAACGUCAUUCUCUGCCACAAUCAUCUCUCUGGUUCAGUCCCUAAAUUUUCAUCCAAAACCCUAACCAGACUCGACCUAAAACGUAACGACCUCUCCGGUCCACUCUCGUCCGAUUCCCUGCCUGAAUCAAUCCAAUACCUAUCAUUAUCCUGGAACCGGCUCGAAGGUCCGGUUGACAAACUCCUAACCGGUCUACCCAUUCUGAACUACAUCGACCUAAGCCUGAACCGGUUCACAGGGUAUAUCCCACCCAUCAUUUUCACCUUCCCUAUAACAACCCUUCAACUUCAAAGAAACCAAUUCACAGGUCCGGUGAAACCUGCCAGCCAAGUGACGAUCUCAACCGUUGAUCUGAGCUUCAACCGGUUGUACGGCGAGAUACCGGCACUGUUUUCCACCGUACAAAAUCUUUAUCUGAAUAAUAACCGGUUCACCGGACAAGUUCCGGGUAGCUUCGUGGAUGGUAUACUAACGGCCAAUAUUCAGGUAUUGUAUCUACAGCAUAAUUACUUGACAGGGAUUGAGAUUAAACCGGCGGCCGAGAUUCCGGUUAGCAGCUCCCUUUGUUUGCAAUACAAUUGUAUGGUCCCACCGGUUCAGACUCCUUGCCCGUUGAAGUCUGGAAAGGAAAAGACAAGACCGACCACACAGUGCAUAGAGUGGAGAGGCUAAUAUCAUAUUAUACCAAGGGGCAUAUUGGUAAAAUUACUAUAUUAUAUUUCAUGAUUAGUAUUAUUAAUUAAUUUUUUAUUCUUUUAUUUAAUUUUGUUAUAAUGUGCCUUUUUCACAUCAAUAAAAAUUGUUUAGUGAUGUUGGCAUUUUGAGAGCCCUCACUCC